UACCGAUUUUCCCGCAAUUCGUAUCGGUAGUCAAUUAAAUAAACCGAAAAUAAAUAAAGUACACUUCGAUGCUAAUAUAAUACAGAGUCGCACUAAUUAAGUCACAAUGGAAACUUACAAGUUCAAAACUGCAAUGAACUUAAAUACAGGGCACAUCAAAUAAAACAUAGCACCGUUUGCUGUUUGUAUGUUUAUGCACGCAAAUCGAUUUCUACAGAAUCCUUGUGCAGGACAUACACACUAAUACAGAGACAGAAACGUAUGCAAACAAACAGACGAUAUUAAUAAUAACGGUGCAUUGUGCAAACCUCUGAGAUUUGCAAUAAGCCUUAACUUUAAAUGCUUAUUGAAUCCUAUCGCCAAACAGCUUUCGAAUUUGUUGUCCAUUGCGCCAUGAAGCGUCAGAACGUUAGAACCCUGUCGCUGGUGGUAUGCACAUUUACCUAUUUGCUCAUCGGGGCGGCAGUCUUUGACUCGCUUGAAUCACAAACAGAAGCGAGGCGUUGGGAAUUUUUGCAAGCCAUAAAGAAUAAUUUCGUUGAGAAAUACAAUGUGAGUGCCGAAGACUACCGGAUGAUCGAAAUAGUAAUAAUAGAGAACAAACCACACAAAGCGGGACCUCAGUGGAAAUUCGCUGGCGCAUUUUAUUUUGCCACUGUGGUGCUGGCAAUGAUUGGAUAUGGACACUCCACGCCGACCACUGUGGCCGGCAAAUUAUUUACAAUGUUUUAUGCGAUGGUUGGCAUUCCACUCGGGUUGGUUAUGUUCCAGUCCAUUGGUGAGCGUCUGAAUAAGUUUGCAUCCGUAAUAAUUAGGAGGGCGAAGCGAGCAAGUGGAGCACGAUGCACGGAUGCCACUGAAAUGAAUCUAAUGUUGGCCACCGGGAUGCUCUCCUCGAUCAUAAUAACAACCGGAGCAGCAGUGUUCUCUCGCUACGAGGGCUGGAGUUACUUUGACAGCUUCUACUAUUGCUUCGUCACGUUGACUACAAUUGGAUUUGGUGAUUACGUGGCUCUACAAAAUGACCAGGCGUUGACGAACAAGCCAGGAUAUGUUGCGCUCAGUUUGGUCUUUAUACUGUUUGGAUUAGCAGUGGUCGCUGCUAGUAUUAAUCUGCUCGUAUUGCGAUUCAUGACAAUGCAAGCCGAGGACGCUAAGCGGGACGAACAAGAUGCUCAAAAUCUGGCUGCUGGCAACCAGCCGCUUACAUAUGACGACGAGUCGACCUACAAUAUGCAGGGCAAGCUCUUGGAAAACAACUACACUACGGAGAAUGACGAGACAGUGUCGCUGUGUUCUUGCACAUGCAUGGGUGGAACCCGUUGCUUGAACCACGAGCCAUUUGUCGACCCAGACUUCCAGCCAAUGGAUAUAAUUGAGAGCACUCUGUGCCUGAAGCGUGCAUCUGUCUAAUAGACUAAUAAGUUAGCUUGAAUGCCAAAUUCUUCUGGAGAUAUCACGUAGUCUAGCCACCUUUAGGGAUGCCAAACUGUAGCCGUUUUUAGAGACCCCCGUAGAGAACUUAACCACCAUGAAAAGAAAACCCUCUUAUUAAAGUAAAAUACGUUUAAGUAAAAGUGCUCAAAUAUAUAACUCUGAAACCCGAACCG